AUGUACGUGUGGUGUUUCCGUUCGCCUCCCGCCCCAUCCUGCGCCGGGGAGUGCUGAGGCUCGCACCAGCAGGGGCGCCGACAGGAUCUGAAAACCUGCAAGAUCGUUGCCUCAAGUAACGUGGCCAGUUGGUCUAGCUGACAUCCCAGAAGGGCGACGGUCACCCGGCUGUGUUUCACCUCGUGACGCAGAAUUAUGCCCUUCUGAAAUCGCAUCGGUAAGUGAGGUAUUACUUUCGAGCCGACGACAUCGUGAGCUCUCGAUAAUACGAGAGCAGCCCGAGGAUCUUAAGUUGGAAAUUACGAAGCACGUGCGGCCAUCAUGGCGGCGCCACCCCGUUCCUGCCACCUCUCCAUCUCCGUGGACACAUCUUCCGCGGCCGACGCGGGGCCAUCGUCGCGAUCGGUACCCGUCUCGCGAUCCAGCAGCACUACUAGCGCUAGCAACGGCAGCAGCGGCUCUGCCACCCCAACGACCACUACUAGCAACACCAGCAGUAGUACCAGUAGCUCCGCUCGGUCUGACAGUUGUAGAAGUCCCAGGAGCAGAGCUGCAGAUGGCCCUUCGUCACUUCGACUCGAAGGGGAGAUUCGGAGCAAAGGCGGCGUCAAAGACGCGCCUUUUCUUGUGAUUUCUCGCCGGGAGGCCCUCUUCGGUCUCCUUCCCCUCGCCACGGUGCUCUCGCUCGUCCUUCUCGCCUCCGCCGUGCGACAAUCCGGCAGUCGCACAAACGUUUCGUCGCCAGAGGUCCGUGGCGCAACGGGUCUGCGACAGCUCUUGGGGGCGCCGUACGAUUACCGCGACGACCUCGCGUCUUCAACGCAACGACUCGACGACUCCCCCGCAUUGAUCGCCGGCAGCCGUUCGGACGAGUACAAUCGAGAAGGAGACGGCGACACCGCAUCGGCAGGAACUGACGCGCCGUCACGAGCUUGGGCCGUUCCUGUUACAGAUACGGCGGAAGACGAAUCUUUGCAGAGCUUGGGGAGCAGCGUCGCCGUUUCGGAGCAUAAUCGGCCCGAUGCUUCAACGAAUGACGCUGCGCUCGCGGCUGUUGGCGGAAGUACGAGCAGUAGUCCCAUGCCACGCGGCGGAGGCGGGAGGGAUUGCAAGCGACGCACGCGAACGGGCCACUGUUUGUCGGAGCUGUUCAGCGUCUACGACGACGCUUAUCGAUCGCUUUGGCCCAGCCGCGUGGACCUCGUAAUCCGCAGCCACGUGUCAAGCACUUUCUUCUUGCUCGAGAUGCUCUUCGCCAGCAUCGAGCAGAUGUGGCCACGUGGCAUCGGUGACGUCAUCCUCAUCCUCGACAGCGACGAGCGAUUGGCCGAGGACCUCAUACCCACGUGGAUCAAGGUCUACUACGAGCAUAACCCCCUGAAGCUUCCAGGAAAGAUCCUGCAGCAGUGGAGCUACCUUUGGGCUGACAACUACACAACAGCACCAUACGUGGCUUUAAUCGACGAUGACGUCAUCUUCAACAUGAAAGUAACGCCCCGGUUACUGUUCAACCUGACGGACGGCAAGCCGUACGUGAUCGGCAGCAAGCAGAAGCAGAUGAACCACUGGUUACCCUCCACGCAGUUCUUCGUUGGCGAGGACAAGUACUUCGCGAAUUUCAUGGUUCAGCUGCCCUUCGUCAUGCCGACGAGCGUCCUGCCGCGGUUCCGCAGCCACGUGGCGAAUCUGCACAAGGAUAAGGGCGGGAGCUUCGACUCGGCGUUCGAGUGGUUCUCCGUCCACGGACCCAAAUUCGAGAAGACCCAGAUCGCCCACACGACCAUAGGGAAUUACAUGUGGGCGUACGCCCAUGAUGAGGUGCACUGGGCCCUGGAAUGGACCAAUCACACGCCCAUUCCUCGUGUCGGCGUGCACGUUCCGUACUCGCAGCCGUUCCGUGUCGCCACAAAGCACCGGGACGAUGCGCCACGUGUCAUCAAGACGUACGUCCAGCUGGCAGCGUAUUACUCGCACGAGGGUGUGUGCCACGCGGUGCCUGCAGGGGAGCUCCCAGGGUGUGAUGAUGUGAGCAAGUAUUCCCAGCGGCAGAUCUGGCAGUACGCCAUGGACUGGUUCGACUGGCCAGCUAUCAAGGAGAAGAGGGCCAAUGCCACUGUGGUGUAUGACCAGUACGUGACUGAGCUGGCCUGCAUGUACUGGAGGGUGGCUCAGGGUGGUGGUGGUGGUGGUGGUGGAGGGGAGUCAAGCAUGCAGGGAACAGCUGUGGAGAUGAGGGGGGAUGUUCCUGCAGAGAGGAGGAGAGAGCUUGUGUCGUCUCUUCAGGACUGUGUCACCCCUCGCUCAUGAAUGAGUUGUGCAGCUCAGCUUGGUGGUUACGUCCAUGUACCGGUAAUAACAUGCCAGGGGUGCAGCUCAUACUGGUGUACUAGCUUAUGGCUCAUGCAUGGUUUGUUCAGCAUAUUUUGCUGAUGUGUGUCUUAGUGUUGGUUCAAGCUGUGUAUGCAAUAAGAGAACCAGGUAGGUGAUUGACUUCAUUAGUGCGUAUAUAAGGAUCUGAAUGGAUG